AUGAACGUUGGAGGCGAAAGAGCGUUGAUGUACUUUGCCUGCUGCAACUCUGACCUCGCGAUGCAGGAGACCGACAUCACACUGGUGGCUAGUGAGGUGUGCGAGAGCCUCCUCACCAAUCCGCUUGGUGAGAUGAGCGGGUGGGAGGACAUUUGGAUACAUGCAGGACAGUCACCUGUCACGCCUCCUCAGGUCUGCUGGAGGCGAUCGUCUUUCUGCUCUGCCUGGCAUACUUCUACGGCAACACUUGCCUCUCCCUAUUCCCUUCUCCAACUAAAUGUCCUUUACAUUGAAGGGGAAGAGCGUCCAAAGCCGCGGGGCUCGAGGGUAAAAAUUUCUUCGGAAACACAUGCAACCAUCAAUUUGACGCACUCAACUUGGCAGAAAAGGCUGACAAUUCUUGCCAGUCCUCGUAGUGGCCUACUGCAAGUUUCCACCGCCUGCCAAAGGCACGUCAGACCGACGAGACUGCUUACGGUGGUGUGCUUGUCGACAGAUGAAGUUGAUCUGCGCACCUCAUUUCGCCUCUCACAAUUUGUCAAAGGUGAGGCAACCCCUCAAAUUGACUUCGCCGUCAAAGGAGCGAUAGUGACGCACUUCCACUUCCGCAUUAUUUCCGACAUGGUGAAGAACACAACCUCUGAUUUGAGCGUUUUCCACGCCGCCUUCCUUCCUCCAAACAAAGAGGAUUUCGAUUUACUUAUUUGGGGCACUUCUACGUCUGUUUUGAUGGUGCCGGUGAAAUUCAACCAAAGUGAUGAAUGCACGAAACCACUUUGGCUCACCCAUCAAGUAAACAUGUUGUUUGUUUUUGUUGCCGUUUUUGUUGGUGGUGGUGUUGUUGUCAGGUUCCGUCACGGUGACGACAUCGUCGGACCGAGCACAUCGAGUCCACAUUUCGGUGGGCUCGCAUUGACAAAUCGCGCUUCAGUCCCUGGUGUUGGCGGUACUCCUGUGAGCGCAACAAAGACAUGGAAAAAUGAACUGAACCACGGAGCCGCUGCUCAAGCCAACCUUUCCCUUUGUCCCAUUGAAUGA